CUUUCUCUCUCUCUCUCUCUCACGCACACCUAUACACAGAGAGACGGACAGGUACAGAUAUAUGUAGAAAAUGUAAAAAUAAAAAAAAAAAGACAAGAAAAAAUAAUAUAACAAAACUAAACAAAAUAAAAAGACCCGACCAACCCUGGCCCAGCAUAACCGUUUAGGACAAACCUUUCACAUUUUUUUUCAUAUCAUAUCAUACAUUCACCUGUCAGGACAGGCCACACAACUUCCUUACUUGCUGUUCAAGUCUGUAUUAUUAAUGUAUUUAUUCGAUAACACGCCAACAGUGUGUAGCAAGGGAUUCAGAUAAAACAGUCACUUCAUCUUCACAUCAUCAUCGUUAUUGUAACGACAUUUCUCCAUUACUUACGCAAAAUAAUAACAGAAAGUGAAACAGUAAAAAUAAAUGCGAAGGAAACUUGAGAUUGUCUGCGUCGGCAAAUUAAUGAAUUGAGAUAUUUGACAAAGAAGAGAUUAAGUUUGUUGGUGAACAAAAGAAGCGGGCUGACAUUUCGGACUUGGCUCAUAACUUAAUAUUGUAAAUAUGUUAUAGACAUACAGACAGAUCAGCAUCAAGGUAAAACUGAAAGUUUUGGAUAAUUUUAUGAAAUAUAUAUGUAUAUAUACUCAAACGGUUUUUUAAACAAGGACAGCAUAACUUUUGCAGGCAAAGAAAUAAUUUAUUAAAAACCUGUCUCAAGUAUCUGAAUAGCCCUGUUUUUAAUUUUUCGUUCUAUUUUUAUCAAAUAUUGAAUAAGUUAAAAAUAUAUAGUCCACUGUAGCGGAAUUUGAACCAAGAACCGUAAAUUAAAAGGUCAAAAAGCAAGAUAUUUCGACGUUGUCAUUCUACCAAUUUUGCCAAUCGACUAAGCUCUAAUUUGCGUAUAUAUUGAAUCGGAUCUACAGAGGGAAAACAGGUAAAAACUAAUUACUAAAGAAAAAAAAAAGAAGAGAGGCAAGGAAGAGACAGAAGAAAGAAAAAAGAAGAAAAAUAAGUAAAGGAUGGCAUUUAUAAAUUUUCCUUCCGAAAUAUAUACCAACAUAUCAUUAACAAUGAGAAAGAAAAAUGUCAAACUUCGAUUUUAGGAAAACUAAAAUAUAUCGAAUUUGAUUUAGCAAAUUCUGAGAUUAUUUUGCAUAAGUAUUAGAAUAUUUAACUAUUUAUUGACAAAAACACACAACAACAGCAACAAAAACAGAAAGGAACACGCUCAACUUUUUGGUCAGGUUGUGAUAUAGGUCCCAGGCUGUGCUGAACAUUACAAAGUUAACUCAAACUCCAUCCUUUUAUGAAAUCACACAAGCACAUAUACAUUACGCCUCAUCCAUACAUACACGUAUCUCCUACGUUUAAAUAGCAACUUUUUGGAGGUUCGGACUGAAGCGAAUUAACUACAGAAAAAGUAUAAUAAAAAUCAAAGAACUUUUUCGAAAUUAAUAUCAGGUGGAUCUCGUUAAUUAAGGAUGGAUUUCAAUAUGUACUACGCUCAGCUUCCAACGGAUUAUGGACAAUAUCUUCCUACUUACUUUCCCUCCACUGCUCUCAUGCAUUAUGCUCUCUAUUUCGUAUUUACUAUCGGAAUAACAGAGUCCCGAGCAGAUUUUACUGGAAACUAUACUUCACCAACCAAUCAGUUCUCUCAAGGCGAAGAGUUGUCGUUUUCAAAAUUUCCGGAUUCUUUUAGUUCGACUGAACCAGGUUUAGAUGAAAAGAAGCAUUUAAGUUUCGUCUCAAAUAUCUUUCAUACAGCAACUUCUCUUAGUCAAACGACUUUAAAACCUAACGAUGUACAUCGGUUUGUAACGACGCCAAGUUCGUUGUCACUAGCAACCGUUGCACAUCCUCUGUUAGAAAUUACUUCAGCGAAUGCUGUAGAUCAAGCACGGGAAGCAUUGAAAACAACGGCUCCAAUUAACAACGAUUCGAGAAUCAUCACAUCCACCGAUCACGAAGUGACAAAUCUGAAAAAUGUUACUUCAGACAAAUCACAUUUGGAAGAAAAUACCCCAGUUAUUAUGAAGGGAGCGGAACAUUUUGUAGCUACAAUGAACCCCACAGUUCGCAGUGAAUCGUUGCAUGAAGAAGAAAAGCAAAAUAACCAAACGAAUGAUGAUUCACGGCAAGAAUUUUCAUUGAAAACUUAUUCAGAAGACAAUGAUAAUUCGUUUGGUGUCUCUCCAGAAACAGUGAAAUUGAAUCUAAAACAGAGUGAUUCUAAUUACUCGUUAGGAGGCUAUGUUGAAUACCAGACGACAGCGAUCAAGCAGCAGAUAACUUCAGUGCCGCAAACGAUAGCAUCAAAAACAACGAUUUCACGGGUGAUUCCGACAACUUCCAAAAGGGUUGCAACAGAAGAGGGCGCCAUUCUCAAUAACGCAAAUCUUGUCGGUAAAACCAUACCACCAUCAUUACCAACAAUAUUCUCAGGGACUCAUCCAACAACAAAUACAAAAUUGUCAACGAAUCAUCCAAAUGAUGUUUCCUCAGAUGUUAGCACUAAACCUAGUUUAUCUGUAGUUCUUACGACCAUGGUAGCUCAGUCGAUAGUUACUCAAUCCACAAUUAAUGCCGCUGCAGCCACCCAAACUGCGACAACUCAGUCAACGACCAAGCAGUCUUCGCCUGCCAAAUCCGUGACAGAUCAAUCUACAGACUCUCAAACUCCAGUGCCAGAGUCUACAACUACACAAUCUACGAUUAAUCAGAGUACUAACUCUAAGUCAAAAGUCACUCCCUCUUCUGCUGAGUCUCUAGCAAAAGAAAUCGCUUCUAUAGGGACUCAGUCUAGAAUGAGUUCAUCUGUAACUACUCAGCCUACACACACUCAGUCUACAGCUACUCAGUCUGUCUCCGAAUCAUUUGCAACUAUUUCGUCUGCAGAUAAGCAAUACACACCCAAUCAGCAUAUAACAUCUGAUAUUAUAGUCCCUCACUCUGAGAGCAAUGCGACUUCUGCAAUUCCAGCUGCAACUAAUCAGCAUACAGCUUCCCAGUCACCAACUGAACUGACAACUCCUACUCAGUUUACAGCUGAGACAACUACAGUUAAACCGACAACAACAGAGAGAGAUACGUUUGAACUACCUACAGCUAGCUCAGCUACAGCUACAUUGACCACAAACAAACUGCCUGGAGCUGAAACAGCUGUAGCUGACACAACCACAUCUGAAGCGACUACACUUGAGCCGACUACAUCGGGGACAACUACAGCCAAGCUGACUACAGCAGAGACCACAACAGUUGAGCCGGCUAUGACUCAGAGGAGUACUACCGAAGCAACUAUAGAUGAAACAACUACGGCGAGAACAACUACAGUUGAGACGUCUACACUUGAGGCCACAACAAUUGAGCCGACUACAGUUCAGUCAACUACAACUGGGACAACUACAGUUGGUUCGAUUACGGAUGAGCCAACUACAGCUCAAACAAGCACAGUUGAGGCAGCCACAGCUGGGACAACCGUUGAGCCCACUACAGCACGGAUAAAUACAAUUGAAGCUACUACAGUUGGGAUAACAGGCGAGCCCACGACAACUAGGAUAACAACAAAUAAACCGACUACAGUUGAGUCGACUACAGCUAAGAUAACUACAGCCGAGCCGACUACAGUUGAGCUAACUACAGUUGAGCCGACUGUAAUUGAGCUAACUACAGUUGAGCCGACUAUAGUUGAGCUAACUACAGUUGAGCCGACUACAGUUGAGCUAACUACAGUUGAGUCGACGACAGUGGAGCCGACUACAGCUAGGACAACUACAACUGAACCGCCUAUAGUUGAGCUAACUACACGUGAGCCGACAGCUAGGACAACUACAGUCGAGCCGACUACAGUUGAGCCGACUACAGUUGAAUCGACUACAGUUGAGCCGACUACAGUUGAGCUAACUACAGUUGAGUCGACUACAGUUGAGUCGACUACAGUUGAGUCGACUACAGUUGAUUCGACUACAGUUAAACCGACUACACCUCGGAUAAAUACAGUCGAAAAAACUACAACUGAAACAACUGAACCGAGUACAGUUGAGACGACUACACCUGAGACAACAACAAUUGACCUGAUAAAAGUUGAAUCAACUACAGUUGAGCCGACUUCACUUGAACAGACUACAGUUGACCUAACUACAGUUGAACCGACUACAGUUGAACCGACAACAGCUGAGCUAACUACAGUUGAGCCGACUACAGUUGAACCGGCUACCGUUGAGACGACUUCAGCUCAGAGAAGCACAGCUGAAGCAACUACAACUCCGACAUCUACAGUGGGGAAAACUACAGUUGAGCUGACUACUCCUCGGAUAGGCACAGUUGAGGCAACUAUAGUUGGGACAACAGUUGAGCCGACCACAGUUGAGCCGACUACAAUUGAGCUGACUACAUUUGAACCGAGUACAGUUGAGCCGAGUGCAGUUGAACCGAGUACAGUUGAACCGAGUACAGUUGAACCGAGUACAGUUGAUCUGACUACAGUUGAGAUGAUGACAGUUGAGUCAACAAAUGAGCCGACUACAGUCGAACCAACUUCAGUUCACUCGACUACAGCUGGAACAGCUACUGUUGAGUUGACUACGGUUGGGACAACUACAGCUGCACAGUCUAGUACUGAGCAGCCUACAGACGUUCAGUCAGUGGGGCCAACUAGUGACCUUCAGUCAACUACUGAAUCAAAUAAUGUUACAUUAUCAGUUCACUCCAUCCAGUCAACAGUCGAGCAGUUUACGAACACAAAGUCUACAAAUGAAGACCUUACAUCUACUUCAAGUGCACCUGUGUCCACUCUUUUCAAUGGUGAAUUGUCAUCGUCAUCAUCAACAUCAACAUCUUCAUCAUCACCGUCGUCUCAGUAUAUAACUGAAUCAUUCACAAAUGAAAUUACUACACCAAUACAGGCUGUGUCUGAGUCGUCUACAGUCAUUCCUAGUACAGAUGAACCCUCUACUCCUGCAGCACAUACAUUCGUCCAGUUAACUGAUGGGUUAUUUUCAUCCGACUUAGAAACUACAUCCUUUUCAACUUCCCAGGCUACAACGACCCAGUUCUUAGAUGAAACGCCUACUACACAAGCAACUGACUUCACAUCUGAGUCUUCAAAAACACUUCAAGAUACAACUGAGACUGCAACAGAAACAAAGGGUACAACUGAGUUCUCGAAAGUCACCGAAAGCUCACCAGAAUCCUCAACUCUUCCCCAAAGCACAUUUGAUUUCUUGACAGUCAACCAGAGCACUGUUGACGCCUCAGCAGCUACACAGAGCAUUACUGAAACCUCAACCCUCAACCUGGACAUAACAAAUCUUUCAACAGCCACUCGGGACACUGGUGAGUCAUCUAUAACGACUCAGAGUACCAUUGUGGCAUCAACAGAUGAAUCAGUCGGCCUAACAGUAAAUGAAUCAUCGACGUUAUCUCAAACUACAUCAGACACAUUACUUUCAAAUUUUUCUUCAACUGUUCAGGUACCUGUGAGCUCACAAACUGAUGUAGCCAGCUCAACUACAUCCGAGUCUGCAUCCGCCUCGAUCACACCGGAAUUUCCCACUAACCCAACCACAUACGAGCCUUCAUACAUUUCAACCACAUCUGAACCAUCUACAAUCACCCCGAUCAGCCACCAAUCUCUACCCGCUACAAUUACAUCCGGGUCUUCGUCCACGAAUGAAGCAACAACAGAAACUUCAGUCAUCCCUAUAAUAUUUGAGUCUUCAACCACCCCGGGUACAAGUGAAUCUUCAGCGACUUCGAACACAACCGUACCCUCAACAGAUUCACUAAUAACUCAGACCGCAACCACUCUGCUCACAACCGAACCUCCAACAACCCCACCCACAACCGAACCUCCAGCAACCCCACCCACAACCGAACCUCCAACAACCCCGCCUAUAAUCGAAUUUCCAACAAUCCCAUCUACAACCGAAUCUACAACCCCAGCCAUAACCGAGCCUUCAAUAACCCCGCCCAUAUCCGAAGCUACAACAACCCUUCCCACAACUGAACCUACCGAACCUUCAGCAACCGAACCUCUAACGACCUUGCCUACAACCGAACCUCCGACGACCCCGCCCACAACCGAACCUCCGACGACCUCGCCCACCACCGAACUUCCAAUAAUCUUUCCUGCAACCGAACUUCCAACAACCUCGCCCACGGCUGGAUCUACAAACACUCCCUCUACGACCGAACCUACAACAUCGUGGUCCCAGCUUCCCACAUCAUCUACGACAGAUAAUGAAACAGUGAGCGAGACAAGUUCUGAAGAUUUGACAACCGCCACAAGCAGCACUGUACCUACUUUGUCAACCAAGUCAAAACCCAAGAACUUAAAUGAAACAGAAACAGAAAGCACAUCGAUAGCUCCCUCAUCCACACUGGGUUCCACUGCACGUAGUACAAUAGACACUAGUGAAGCAAGUACUUCUGCAGCGACAACAACAACAAUACCAACAACAGCAGCAACUACAUCAACAACAGCAGCAACUACAACAGCUAUUAUUGUUGAAACGGUUGCUACUACAACUACUACUUCUACUACAACUACAGAUAAGGAUACUACUACUACUACAAAUAACAGUUUCUCUACAGAAAUUCCAUGGAAAAGCACUCCUGAAGCAGAAAUACAAGGAAGACCACUGAGGAUUAGUGGAAGAUUUACUAUAAUAAAAGGUGCCGUUUGGUCGAAAGAACUUGCAGAAACAAACUCUACAAAAUAUUUCGAGUUGCAGAAAGAACUAGAUAAAUUGCUUUCGGAUCUUUGGAAGAAGAACCCCUUCGCAGUGUUUGUACGUAUAGGAGGUAUGAGAUUCAGCCAAGGAAGCGUGGUGGUCUACUAUGAAGCUUCUUUCGUGCUUACAAAGGGAAGCGAGAUAAAUUCCACGAUGAUCAACCAGUUCUUUUACAGUCAGUUGGAGCCGAACAAUUUUUACUUGGGUCUUUUUGAAAUAAAUAAAACUUCCAUCUUUCAUUCAAGUAAGUGA